AGGGUUUUGUUAAGGUGUUUCUUUUGCUCUCCUCCCUUUUUGAAGCUCUCUCCUUCCCCGCGGCCGGGUACCUUCACCAACUCUCUUUGCAAUUCACCCACCGCCACCGCAACCGUCACAGUCACCGUCACCGUCACCGAGCUCACCUCUCUCCCUUUGUCUGUCGUCUAUCGCGUGUAUCUCAGUAAACGGUGGUGAUCCUCUCCAAAUUCCUGUGUUUUCCCUUGCCGACAUUUGCGGUCUCGCUUUCUGCAGAACCCUAGCGAGUUUCCGCUUUUCUUCGGAGAUUCUUAAGCCCUAGCGAGUCUUGCAAGUUCUGCUCUCUCUGUGAUUCAUCAUGCCGAAGCACUACAGACCGCCGGGAAAGAAGAAGGAAGGAAAUGCUGCCAAGUAUAUGACCAGAACGCAGGCCUUGAAACAUCUUCAAGUCAAUCUGAAUCUGUUUAGGAGACUGUGCAUCGUGAAGGGUGUGUUUCCCCGGGAGCCAAAGAAGAAAAUUAAGGGAAACCAUCACACGUACUAUCAUGUUAAGGAUAUUUCUUUCCUUCAACAUGAACCAUUACUUGAGAAGUUCAGAGAAAUAAGGACAUACCAGAAAAAGGUAACCAAAGCCAAGGCUAAGAAAAAUGAGGAGCUAGCACGUCUUCUGCUUACGCGUCAACCGACAUACAAACUAGAUAGAUUGAUCCGAGAAAGGUAUCCUACCUUUGUUGAUGCGCUUAGAGACUUGGACGACUGUCUCACCAUGGUUCAUCUUUUUGCGGUGUUACCUGCCACAGACAGGGAAAAUCUCGAUGUUAAACGUGUGCACAACUGUAGAAGAUUGAGUCAUGAAUGGCAAGCUUACAUAUCUCGUACCCAUUCGUUACGGAAGGUGUUUGUGUCUGUUAAAGGCAUAUAUUAUCAGGCUGAGGUUGACGGGCAAAAGAUUACUUGGUUGACACCUCACGUAUUACAGCAAGUUAUGACAAAUGAUGUUGAUUUUGGAGUCAUGCUGACAUUUUUGGAAUUUUAUGAAACUCUACUUGCCUUUGUCAACUUCAAGAUGUAUCACUCUGUAAAUGUAAAGUAUCCACCUAUCCUUGAUCCUCAAUUGGAGGCUUUAGCAGCAGAUCUCUAUGCAUUGUCAAGAUAUAUAGAUGCUAGCUCGAAGGGUUUGGCCUUGAAACCUCAAGCCAUUGGUUCAUCUAACUCAGAGUCAAGUGCCAAUGAGGAGUCUGAUCUCCGACUUUCGCAAUUGCAGCACCAGCUGCCCUCUAAUGAGCCUGGAGCAUUGAUGCACCUUGUUGCGAAUGAAGAGGUUGAAGAUGAUGAAGAAACAAAGGUGUGCAAGAAGCUCUUCAAGGGUAUGAAAUUUUUCCUCAGUCGCGAGGUUCCAAGAGAGUCAUUGCUUUUUGUCAUUCCUUCUUUCGGGGGUGUCGUAUCUUGGGAAGGUGAAGUUGCGCCUUUCAAGGAAGAUGAUGAAACUAUCACACAUCAGAUUGUUGAUAAGCCAAGCCAAGGUCAUCUGUACCUGUCAAGGGAAUACAUCCAGCCACAGUGGAUUUAUGAUUGUGUGAAUGCAAGGAUAAUCUUGCCAACUGAGAACUACAUGGUUGGAAGGAUUCCUCCUCCGCACUUGUCACCAUUUGUUGACAACGAAGCAGAGGGAUAUGUUCCUGAUUAUGCUGAAACCAUCAAAAGGCUACAAGCUGCGGCCAGAAGUGAAGUUUUGCCAUUGCCUGAUGUCGGGAAAGAUGAUCUGGAACAUCCACAGAGCUUAUUGGCCGAAGGUUUUAUGAGCCGUGCCGAGGCAGCUGAAGCUGCUGAGAGGAAGAAGAAGAUGAUGGUCCUGGAGAAGCAGUACCAUGAUGAACUGAAAAUGGAACUCAAGGGAGUUGGGACAGUAGACGAUGAUAAGGUUGAUGACUUGGACGAUAGGGGGCAAGAAGAAGAAGAAGAAAAGGAAGAAGAGCCACGUCUUGAUGAUGCAGCCAAUCAAACCAAUGACGAGAACGCGGACAUGGGUACUGUGUUGAUGUCUCGUAAGAAGAGGAAGCUCUAUGAAGCCAUGAAGAUAAGUCAGAAACGAAAGAAGGCCGGCGUCGAACGUCUCAAGGAGCGUAAGAAGAAAUUGGAGAAAUAAAAGAUAAAAGGCCGAAUACAAAGGAGCGAUCCUUUAUUUAUUAUUAAAAGCUUACUUUAAGAUUUCUCUGUCAUCGAUUUGUAUCCUUCACUUAAAAAUAUUCAUCUGACUUUGGGCCUUAAAGCCCAAAUUUUGACCGCAUAAAUACGCUUUAAAUAUGGGUUCUUUAAUUAAACUUUAA